UCGGCUACAAUAUGAGCAGACUGCAGAUUCCCUCUUUUGGCAGGAGGAAAAAUACUCCCCCAGUCAUUCCUGCUGCUGGGGCGACCUCCUCUCCAGCGUCGGCUUCUUCUUCAGCCACCAUAUCUGACACUGUCCCGAGCGCAGUGGCUACUAACCCUGCUGCCAGCGCCCCUGCGGCCAACCAGAACGCGCCCUCCCCAGCUACCAUAGCUCCUGCUGCUGCGGGGGGCGGUCGGGACAAAGAGCGAGGCAAAAGGCCUCAUCCUGACAGUGAAAUCGACCCUGAGGAGGAGCCUCUUAUUAGAAGGACCCGAGUCUCUGGGCCGGGUACUCUCUUGCACCGAGCGAUCAGAGCUCCUUCUCACUCUGGGCCUCCUGCAGCUGGUGGCUCUGCUUCUGCUUCAGGCCCCCCUUCUAUCCCCAGCUUGCCGCCAUGGGCCCCUCGGUACACUCGAACGGAUGGGACGUUCGUGAAACCGAACGAGACCAUGCUGAAGGAUGGCCAGACCGCUAUGGCCUACUACAGGAGCAUGUGGACUCCGAAGGACAUUGAGGCGGCAAAGGGCCUUUCCCAGAAGGACGUGUUCAGUCGCUUUCCCCAAUCUGCUAUGGAGACAUUGUUUGGGAUGAUGGCCAUGCAGAAGCAGGUGGAAAUGGGGAACGCCAGGGCCCGAAAGUAUUCUGACAGCCUGGAGGUGGCUAAUAAAGAGAACGACCUCCUUGCCAUGAAGAAUACCGAGGUGCUGGUUCGGCUUGACAAAGCCGAGCAAGAGAGAGAUGUCCUGAAAAAGGAGAAUGAUUCCCUUCAGGAUGAGAAGGACGCCCUCCAGCUCGAGAAGAGCGUCUGGCAGACUGAGCAGGAAUCACUCAGAGAAGAGAAGGCAGAACUCCAACGUCUUCUAGCUGAUGAACAGUCUGCUCGGAUGGCUUUUGAAAAAAGAGCUCUGGACGAGCGUACCGCUCUGAUCGACGUUAUCAGCAGAGUGGGUGGUGGGAUGCUGGCCCUUCAUGCUCGGUUCUCCAGGGUCGGUGCUCUUCGGUAUGCUCAAGGAUUCCGGGAAGGCUUCGCCGACCGGGUUCCGGAUGAGGGACAGACCAGCUCCACUCCGGAUGAGGUAGACAAGGAUCUGGGGAUCGAGCCUCUGGGGGUCUAUGUCGACCCAGAACCCACCGAAGCGGAGCGUAUAUUUGAUGAGUGCCAGGACAUCGCAUCCUCAAGGAUCAUCACAGCUCCUCCUACCGCUCUGCCACUGACCGCUCCCCAAUCGUCAACCGUGGCUCCCUCUGUAGCCACUGCUGACGCUGAACCCCAGCCGAACGACUCAGUUAUUCACCUGGAUUCCCCACCUCAUGAAGGUGAGGCGGCUGAUGGGGCCGAGGAGGCGAGUCGGCAGGACCAGGAUGCUGUUGGUACUGAGGCGUCUAGCUAGGGCUCCUUCGAAUUCUUCCAGUUCAUAUCUUCUUGUAAUGAUGGACACCUCUCUUUUGUAAACUAAAUGUUCAAUAUUAAUGAAAUGGCCGAACUCUUUUUCUCUA